AUGAUGAGGGCGCUUUGUGAGAGCCUGCUCCUUCUGUUGCCCAUGUGUGGAAUCACCUCAGCUCUGAGUUGUAAUGUGGCACCAGAAAUGCUGACACAGAUCGAUGCUAGCAACGGACAGGUCUUUGGUGUAAACGUUACAGGCAACAUUUAUACCUUGUAUGGAACCACGUGGGUACAGUUGCCAGGGGCAUUGGCCCAUGUCACAGUCGGUCUUGGUGGCGUCUGGGGCGUGGAUUCAAAACACAACAUCUUUAAACUGGUGGGUGGCAACUGGAGACUUGUUCCAGGUUUACUCAAACAGAUAGAUGCAGGUGGAAGCCAGUUGGUUGUUGGAGUCAACAUGUAUGAUGACAUCUACUGCAUACCCAAGUCUUCAGCAUUCUCUGCUCAUCGCUCAGACCUACGCUGGGUCCAUAUUGCAGGAAAACUCAAAUACUACUCCUGUGGGCUCUUGGGUUGUUGGGGAGUAAACUCAGCAGAUGAGAUCUAUUACCGGCACAGCGUCACUCCAGAUUCCUGUGCUGGAUCCCGAUGGGAGCAUGUGCCUGGCUCACUUUCCAUGAUUGAGGUCGGGACUGAAGGAAAUGUGUAUGGAGUGAACAGAGAUGGAAACAUUUUUUGCAGGGGUGGAAUCACCGCCGCCAAUCCCAUUGGAACCAUGUGGGCACCUUUGAGCAAUGACCUCAGAGAGAUCAAACACGUAUCCUAUGACCUGGGCCAGCUAUGGAUUUUGACUAAAGAAGGAAAGACUUUGAACUGCAAAGGUUGA